AUGAGCACUCCUGUAGACGCUUCCCCACCCACUGAUAAUCCCGCAGGUUCAAUCAGCAAGAACGAGCUAAAACGUCGACUUAAGGCUGAAAAGGCGGCUAAAGCGAAGGCUGAGAAAGCUGCGAAAAAAGCAACUGAAGCAGCGACCAAACCCACAAAAGCUGCAGCAAAUGACGAUGAGGAGCUGGACCCGACUGCGUAUUUCGCUAAUCGCGAAAAAACACUUGUUGAGCUCGAAAAGCAAGGAAUCAACCCAUAUCCACACAAGUUUCAUGUGACUUUAUCGCUCCCUGAGUUUCACACUCAGUUUGGAAAUCUAGAAGCUGGUAGCCAUCUCAAAGACGUCGUUGUGUCGGUAGCUGGCCGCCUGCAUAGUAAGCGUUCAUCAGGAUCGAAGCUCGUCUUUUACGAUUUGCGUGCAGAUGGAAAGAAGCUGCAGAUAAUGUCGGACGUGGGGACUUAUGAGAGUGCCGAGUCUUUUGCUCAUAUUCAUAGUAUCUUACGACGUGGGGACAUAGUAGGUGUCAAGGGCUAUCCUGGUAAAUCAAGAAAAGGCGAGCUAUCAAUCUUUCCACAACAACUUGUUCUCCUUUCGCCGUGCAUGCACAUGCUGCCAAAGAGCCAUGCUGGGCUUACAUUGCAACAAGAUACACGCUAUCGCCAGCGAUACCUGGACCUGAUCAUGAAUGACGACUCGCGCGAAGUGUUUCAGACACGAGCCAAAAUAAUCAAUUUUAUUCGUCGUUUUCUGGAUGACAAGCAGUUCUUAGAAGUCGAGACUCCUAUGAUGAACAUGAUCGUGGGUGGCGCGACGGCCAAACCUUUCGUGACGUAUCAUAAUGACCUGCACAUGAACCUUUUCAUGCGUGUAGCUCCCGAGCUGUAUCUAAAACAGUUGAUUAUUGGUGGACUCGACCGUGUCUAUGAAAUCGGACGACAAUUUCGUAAUGAAGGCAUUGACUUGACCCACAAUCCCGAAUUUACUAGUUGUGAGUUUUACAUGGCAUAUGCUGACUACAAUGACCUCAUGACCAUGACGGAAAGACUUUUCUCCGAAAUGGUCAAGGAAAUUACGGGUGGUUACACGAUAACGAUUAAUAAAGAGCCGGACGAGGAUCCCGUGACGAUUGAUUUUACACCACCGUUCAAGCGGGUCAGCAUGGUCUCGGCUGUUGAGGAGGCAACAGGUGUUAAGAUUCCUAUUGAUGAGCCUGAGAAGUGCCAGGAAAUUCUCGAACAGCUAGUUCUCAAGUACGAGCUUGAAUGCGCUCCACCUCGCUCGAUCGCGCGUUUACUUGACAAGCUUGUGGGUCACUUCAUAGAGGACAAUAAGGCCUAUUGGACCAAGCCCUUUUUUAUCAUGGACCAGCCCGUGUACAACUCGCCGCUUGCCAAGUACCAUCGUGAAAAACCUGCGCUAACAGAGCGUUUUGAGCUUUUUCUAGCUGGUGCUGAAAUCUGUAACGCUUACACGGAGCUGAACAAUCCUAAAGUACAGCGUGAGCGGUUCAUUGAGCAGAUGGAACAGGCUGCAGCCGGUGACGAUGAAGCUCAGCCGCACGACGAGUCGUUUUGCACGGCCAUGGAAUACGGUCUGCCUCCUACUGCCGGCUGGGGAUGUGGCAUUGACCGUAUCACAAUGUUCCUGACUAACCGCUUCAACAUCAAGGAGGUGCUUCUUUUCCCUGCAAUGAAGCCAGACGAACAGGUUGCACAAGCUGUAUCGGCGAAUAGCUCUGCUGCGCUUCUCUCCGGUACAGGCUCAGUUGCUCUGGACGUGCUUGAGAAACGUUUAGCGGUGUCCACGUUUGUAAAUGGAUCGGCUCCAUCUAAGGAGGACACUGUGGUGUUUGAGCGUGUUAAGGUCGUCGGGAAGGACAUUUUGAAAAAGUAUCCGAAUGUUGAGAAGUGGCUAGACUUCAUCACCGCGUUCCCCAAUGAGCUGCGCGUCAAGUGGUAG